CUAGGAUCAAUGUCAAGGACCAAGGCAGUUUUUAUCUAUGGAUUUCUGUCGGUUGCUGUUCUGUAGAAGCUGAAGAAUUCUGUAAGCUCUGUGGCCGUCACGAUGUUCUGGAAGUUUGACUUGAAUACCACAUCCCAUGUUGACAAGCUGCUGGACAAGGAGCACGUGACGCUGCAGGAGCUGAUGGAUGAAGAUGACAUCUUGCAGGAGUGUAAGGCUCAGAACCAGAAGCUGCUGGACUUCUUGUGCAGGCAGCAGUGUAUGGAGGAGCUGGUGAGCCUCAUCACACAGGACCCGCCCCUGGACAUGGAAGAGAAGGUCCGCUUCAAAUAUCCAAACACAGCCUGUGAGCUUCUGACUUGUGAUGUGCCGCAGAUCAGUGAUAGACUAGGCGGGGACGAGAGCCUGCUCAGCCUGCUGUACGACUUCUUGGACCACGAGCCGCCCCUCAAUCCUCUGCUCGCCAGUUUCUUCAGCAAGACCAUUGGCAAUCUCAUUGCAAGAAAAACCGAACAGGUGAUUAUGUUCUUGAAGAAGAAGGACAAGUUCAUCAACCUGGUGUUGAAGCAUGUUGGCACCUCAGCCCUCAUGGACCUGCUGCUGCGCCUGGUCAGCUGCGUGGAGCCAGCCGGGCUCCGGCAGGAAGUCCUGCUUUGGCUGAAUGAAGAGAGGAUCAUCCAGAGACUGGUGGAGUUGAUCCAUCCAAGUCAGGACGAAGAUAGGCAGUCGAAUGCUUCUCAGGCACUCUGUGACAUUGUCAGGCUGGGCAGAGACCAGGGCAGUCAGCUUCAGGAGGCUCUGGAGCCAGACCCCCUGCUCACAACGCUGGAGUCGCAGGACUGUGUGGAGCAGCUUCUGAAGAACAUGUUCAACGGAGACCAGACCGAGAGCUGCCUCGUCAGCGGGAUGCAGGUGUUACUCACCUUGCUGGAGACAAGGCGGGCUGGGACAGAGGGUUUGGUGGACCCCUUCUCUCAGGGACUGGAAAGGCCGUGUGCUGUCAGCAGCAGCGUCCUGCACGGCAUUGAGCCGUGGCUGAAGGACUUCCACCAGCUCCUGCUCAACCCGCCAAAGAAAAAAGCAAUCCUGACCACCAUCGGUGUGCUGGAGGAGCCCCUGGGGAACACCCGUCUGCAUGGUGCUCGCCUCAUGGCCGCGCUGCUGCACACAAACACGCCCAGCAUCAACCAGGAGCUCUGCCGGCUCAACACCAUGGACCUCCUGCUGGACUUGUUUUUUAAGUACAGCUGGAACAACUUUCUGCACUUGCAAGUGGAACUGUGCAUAGCCGCUAUUCUCUCCCACACUGCCCGCGAGGAGCCGGGAGAAGCCCGUGGAUCCCAGAGCAGGGCGGAGCCUCUGCCUGGGAACGAGAACAGGAACCUGGAGGCCCCCCAGCCUCCCGCCAGCCUCCCUGAGAACACAAUGGUGACUCACCUGUUCCAGAAGUGCUGCCUGGUACAGAGGAUCCUGGAGGCCUGGGAAGCCAAUGACCACACACAGGCAGCGGGUGGCAUGAGGCGUGGGAACAUGGGCCACCUCACGCGGAUUGCCAACGCCGUGGUGCAGAACCUAGAGCGGGGCCCUGUGCAGACCCACAUCAGCGAGGUCAUUCGAGGGCUCCCUGCAGAUUGCCGUGGGCGCUGGGAGAGCUUCGUGGAGGAGACCCUGACAGAAACCAACCGCAAGAACACCGUGGACCUGGUGAGCACUCACCACGUUCACUCCUCGAGUGAGGACGAGGACAUUGAGGGGGCUUUCCCUAGCGAGCUGUCCCUGCAGCAGGCUUUCUCCGAGUACCAGAUCCAGCAGAUGACGGCCAACUUUGUGGAUCAGUUUGGCUUCAAUGAUGAGGAGUUUGCAGAUCAGGAUGACAACAUCAAUGCCCCAUUUGACAGGAUUGCAGAGAUUAACUUCAACAUCAGUGCUGACGAGGACAGUCCCAGCGCCGCUCUGUUCGAGGCCUGCUGCAGCGACCGCAUCCAACCCUUUGAUGAUGAGGAGGAGGAGGACAUCUGGGAGGACAAGGAGAUGCGUUGUGCUGCCCGGGCGCCAGCCAGAGCCAGGUUUGGAGCCCCCCACACCUCAGAUUGCUGCUCAUGGAGUGGCCCGCAGCACAGAGUCCAGGACAGGAAAGUGGACUCGGGAGCAGACGGGGAUGCACCUGGGCUGGACACCCCCCCAGCCCCUGUGCAGAACGAAGGCCCCCCCAUGGAGGCUGAUUCAGAAGCUGCAGGCGCUGCAUGGACGGCAGUGUUUGAUGAGCCAGUGAACUCGACGCCUGUGGCCCCAGGAGUGGCGAGGGAUGUGGGUUCCAGCGUGUGGGCGGCCAGCGCCUCAGCUCCAGAGGAGAAAGGCUGGGCCAAGUUCACCGACUUCCAGCCGUUUUGCUGCUCCGAGUCGGGGCCCAGGUGUAGCUCUCCUGUGAACACAGACCGCAGCCAUGCUGAGGGCAGCCCGAGCCUGGGCUCAGAGAAAGCCUUCAGCCUGGCCUCCCCGUGUGCUUGGAAUGUGUAUGUUACCAGGAAGGCUCCUCUGGUGGCCUCUGACAGCAGCUCCUCCAGGGGCUCUGACAGCGAGGAUGAGAUGCGGAAGGCAGCUGUUGCCAUGGAAGCCGUGAGCAUGGGCCCCAGCCAGGAGACCCUUCUGUCCAUGAUGCCUGCCGCAGCCAGGACAGAAGAAGCUGGCACUGACAGGGCCAAGUGUGCUGUCGGCAUGCUGCCAGACCUCGCCUGCCCUGCGCCUGCAGAAGGGACUGUGGCUGCCAUCACAGCACUGAGCAAGGCUGGCCCCCUGGUGGCCACCCCAGCACUUUCUUCUGCAGUGGCCACGGCAGUCCCUUCAGGGCCCAUCAUUGUUGUCACCACAGCAGCCCCAGCCAUGACAGCCACCCUGGGGACACUGACAAAGGACAGGAAGACAGAUGCCCAGCUAGGAGGAGCCACCUUAAACGGUCCCGUGUGAUGCUGCUGCUGAUGCCCUGCCACGGUCCACCAUGGCCAGGCCAAACCUUAAUCAUGAGAACUACCUGGUGAUGCAGUUUGUUUCUUUAAUUUAAUUUAAUUUAAAAAUAAAAUGCUGCAUUGGUAAAGCUGGCAGCUGGAACCAGUUGGACAGCCCAGCCUGCAUCUCUCCUGCCCAAAUGGGUCACCCGGGCCCUGCUGGAGGACAGAGGAUGACCUCGGCGCCCAGGCCUCGAGCACAGCAAUAAGGUCUCAGACAUGCAACCUCUGCCUGCAGGAGCCAGGGGCCACACCCCCCAGAUGUUACCAGGACCCAAUGGGCCAAGAAGAGGGAGCGGUAGCUGAGGCUGUUUUUACCAAUUUUUUUAGACAAAUAUAGGAAGAGGCAAGCAUUUUGCACUUUGUAUCCAGCUGCAGCGCAGGGUCUCCCCUGGCUCAGGGCAGAGGCAAGGGCUUGGGCUGGGGAGACCUGACCCCCACAAAUGCAUGUGGGUCAAAAGCUGACUUAGCCAGGUGCCCUACCUGCCCUAUGGCCCUGGGAGCUGGCAUAGAACCAGGCUGCACAAUUUGACUGCCUUAAAAAGACAAAAGACGAGAGCCUCUAGGCCUGAUGGGCUGUCCCCAUACCCAGCAGUACAGGCCAGUGGGGGGACACAGUGGGGCUCAAAGACUGGCCUCCAGCAGUGCUAGACAGGGCUGUGUUGUCCUGAAAGGGUCUGAAAGAUUAUUUUACGUCGAGGCCAUUUUUAACGUUCUGAUCAUCUGACAGGGCACCCCAAACUCCCAACUCCCAAUAAAAGUAUGACAUUCUUACUGACAAA